AUGAAAAUAUAUAAACCGCCCUCUAGCAUGUUUCUCCGUCUUCGUACACGUAUUCUCCGUGAUCUCUCAUUUGCCUCUUCUUUCAAACAAAACAACCGCCUCUUGUCGGGAAUCUGUCCAAAAAGUUGCAUAUUUUUGAACAACAAAAAGUUAACAGUAUCUAACGUCAAAAUUCCUGCUUCAAGUCGUGGCUUUCUGUCAAACACCAUUUACAAUGACGAUCCAGAAUUUUUCUUUCGGACUAAAAACUCUCAGGAUAAAGAAUCUUAUUACUUGUCUGUUAUGAGAAGGCAUAUUGAUCGUUCGGAAAAAUCAAGACUGGUGACAGAAUUCGCAAAUAUGAAGAGAGAGAGAUCAAUUCAAUCUCGUGAAUUUUAUCAUUCGCUUUUGGAAAUUUGUAUUGAAAAAGGAAAUCUUGAUAUAGCAUUAGUAAUAAUAAAGCAAAUGUAUACAGCAUGGGAAAAUGAGCGAGUUCAGGUUGUGCCAAUCAAAGAAACGUACAGACUUCUCUUGGACACGAUGCACAAUUCUAAAGAUUACAAACUUUCACUCUACGUUUCGAAUGCAUUGAUAAAAGGUCGUAUGCCUUUCCCGAUUAAAUCACCUGAUUCUGAAGAUGCGUUUUUUGGAUUACCAGUUUCGAAUGUUGAAUGUGAUGCUGAAUUAUGGCAAUUCAUUUUACGUGCCAUGACUUCGCCUAAAAAACUAUACUCCUUUUGGGCUGUCAAUUCGCCGUUUUCGGCCACGGGAGAGUUCCCGGAUUUCAAUGAAGUCGAUAAGUUAGCAAGGGAAUUUUUGGAAACUGCGCCAAAAACUUUUGAUUAUGAAAACUGGCGAGUGAUAAUUCGGGGUAUGGGCGCAUAUCAAGGAGGAGGAAAGGAAUUUGUUGAAUUUUUGCAGUCUUCUAGAAUUCCAAUUAACCCGGAAAUCUGGACAGAAAUAAUUUGGGCAUUAGCGCGUAAAGGUUUAAUUAAACCGGCCUUAGAAUAUAUUAAACAAUCUAGUUCAAAAUUUGGUCCGAAAACAUUGGCUUCAAAGGAACCAAUCUACGUUUUGGCAUCUCACUACGCUAAUUUAGGCGACGUAAAACGCACCAAAGAAUUACUUCUUAACAUGCAAAAUUGGGUGAAUGACUGGGCUUGUAAAACAAAAUGGCCGGAACUGAGUAAAAUAAAAAUUUUAAUGAGAGCAUAUUUGCAAUCACUGGCAAACGAAGUAACAUUGCACACUCAUCCCGAUAAGGGAAAACGAGUAGCGAGCAGAUUUUACGCAAAUCCAGAUGAUCCAUCAUCUAACAAAGAGAGAUUAAUCGAUAGUGCAUUCUACAAAACAUGGCAUAGUUUAGAAAAGAAGGAUAUUGAUUUGACUAUACAAUUUCAAGUUUUUGCCAAUUUCUUAGAUUAUAAAUCAUUUCCUAUGCGAACAGCAAUGGAUAUGCUAAAAAAUAUGCGAGAAAAUGAAGGUUUGCAACCAGAGUUCAACACAUUUAAGAUUGUUUUAGAAGGAUUUGCCAAAUCACCUGAGCUCAUUAAUUAUGCUUCAGAAAAUCAAAAAUCACGUAUUGAAUAUGCAUUGGAAAUAUUUGAUAUGAUGAAAUCGUGUGGAUAUGACGUUGAUGCACUUGAUACUUUCCGUUCGAUGCUGGAGACUUGUCUGCCACCUUAUGAGAGUGAAAUCACCAAGAAGAUUGAUUCUUGGGGAAUAGGCGAUGAAGCUGAAGCUGUUGUGAAGAAACCUUCUAAGUCAACACCCAGAAUCUUUGAAAUUGAGAAAUUGAUUGAAGACUCAAAAUUACCAAUUGAUACAGACUUAGUGACAACAGUUUUGGAACAGCUGGGAUCCGCAGGUCUUUAUAAGGCCAUGUGGAAACAUUGGGAUAAUUUAGCAAAAUCUGGAAUUCAAAGAAAUGAAAAGUUUUAUGAGACUGUAUUUAAUGCCGCUGCCCUAAAUCAAAGUGAAGCUCAGUAUGCAAUCAGUAAGGUUCGAUUUCAAAUGGCGAGGGAAGUACCAUAUGUAACACCGACACUAGAAAUUUAUACCGCGAUGUUACAAUGUUGUAUACGUGUCAAUGACACUUCUAGUAUCAGUGACAUUGUUCAGACAAUGCAAAAAAACAUUGAUAAAACAAAAAAUCCACGCACCCAAGCACGAUGGUAUGUCCCGAUCGUCAAUGCUUAUUUGCACAAUUCUGAACUAGUUCAUAAAGGAAAAGCAUUAAUCUCACAAUUGUUGCAGAAUGAUGAACUACUUUGUUUUCCACUAUGGAGAACAUUAAUGUGCUAUUAUAGUGACACACAUCUUGAUCUACGAAAUGCAAGACAAACAUUUGAGUCGUUUGUGGAUUGGCGUGAGCGUAAUAAAAAUUACUUUUUUGAUUCAGAAAGUGAGAUUAAAGAAAAUAAUGAUGGAAUCGGUGCAGCAACCAUCACAUCUAUCAAAUUAAAACUUCCUUUAAUAAAAUUCCCAUCUUCUCCACUUUACGCCAAAGACACAGAAAUCAUAAGUAUCUAUGCACAAAUAGCGAUCAGAUGUGGCGAUUUCACACUUGCCCGUCAAAUCCUAACUUCAUAUGUGGCACAUUAUGAGUUUCAGCAAGCAAAAAAUAUCGAAUUUAUUGACAUUGAAACGUUGAAAGAGUAUGCAUAUUUGGCAUGGAGAAAACAACAAACUGAAGAAAUGAAAUGGCUAUUGGAAAAUGUGUUGAAUAAACAAAACAAGAAUGAUUUGUUAUCAUUGGAUGCGCAUAAAAAACUUGAAUAUGAUGAUUUAUUCCAGUGGGUGACUAAACAAUUGGAAAAUAAUAGAGAUUUCAAAGUGGAGGGUAAUAUUCAUCAGAAUUUAGCAAAGGAAUUUCUUCAAAAUAAUCAUUAUGAAAAGACACAAGGAUUCUUUCAAAACCCAGAUUUCUACGAUGACAAUAUGGCAAGGGAUUCUUCAACACCUUAUUGA